AUGGACGUACAAGAGAUAGCACGUAUUAACCGCGUAUUGAAAAGAGCGACUAUGAGACGCGAUGAAUGUAUUAGGCGUAUUAACGCAAUGCACGAGCUCGCGGUGCGAUGUGAAACUGAGUUAAGUUUGAUCACUCAGCUAUCAUUUCUUGUCGACGAAGUCGACGUUAUAUGGUCAGAAUUUACCGCUGAGAGUAAUACAGUGAUUGAUUGCUUAAUAGAUUUAGGUAGAGAAUCAGAGUAUUCCAUUGGUCAGGUCGCGGAUCUUCGUAACUUGAUUUCUAUUUCCCGUGCAACAGUCAAUCGUCACACUCAAAGUGACCAAAUUAACGUGUCUGUCCGUAGAGAAUCCCUAAUAUCUGUUCCGGAGCCGGUAUCGGUGCAUAAUUUAAAUAUAAACGACGACAGGGAAAGUCAGGUAGGUUCGGUUAAGAGCGGGGCGGCGCGUAGCUCUACAGCAUUUGGUGUAAAUGUCCCGGGAGGUAGCGUCCGCAGCGGACAUACAAUUACGCGUACUACAUCUCAUGUAAAACCGGCCCGGUUGCCGGAGAUACCACUACCCACAUUUAAUGGUGAUAUUUUUAAGUGGCUUAUGUUCCGAGAUCGUUUCAUGUCCAUGGUUGAUCAACAUUCUACCAUCGCGGACAUCGACAAAUUUUAUUAUUUAACGGGUUGCUUGCGAGAUAGGGCGUUAGAGGCAAUCGCUGGCAUACCGGUAAGUGGCGACAAUUAUUCACUCGCUUGGGCCACGUUAACAGCGCGCUUUGACAAGCCGCGCUUAGUUGCGUCUUCAUUGUUAGACAAAUUAUUAACAGCACCGAAAUCGUCGAACGAAAAUCUAACAGAAUUGAAUAAAUUUUUAUUGGUUUUUGAUGAGGGGGUCUCCGUACUAGAUUCAAUGAACCUCCCGAAUCUUGGUGAUUUUAUUUUAUUUUCGGUCGCGUCGCGUUGCUUGCCGUCGUAUACGGUUAAGCUUUUUGAAGCGCAAUUGUCAAAUAGCUUUCCAACAGUUAGGGAACUUUUGACGUUCGUAAAAUCACGUGUUAACGUUCUAGAAUGCAUACCGAAUGAUGCGGUCCAUAAAAUAGUAAAGCAGCCAUUGCAAAAGUCAUCUCACACUUCGAAAGGUUAUACAUCUGCCCCUAGUAACUAUAAACGGCAACAACCAACUUCGUUAGUGUCUAGUACCGUAUCGUCGAAAUCAAAAGGGCCGUGCCCUAUUUGUAAAGGGUCUCAUGCAAUUUCGUCAUGCCAAAAAUUUACCGGGUGGUCCGCCGGCACUCGCGAAACGUGGGUCCGUGAAAACAGGCGAUGUUUUCGUUGCUUGCGCGCUGGUCAUUGGGCCCCAGAGUGCAAGUCACCGGUACAAUGUGAUAAGUGCUCGUAUAAACAUCAUCCGUUAUUACACUCGCGCGAUAGAAAUAACGGUUCAACAUCUGACAAUCAGGUACCGUGCGAUGAACCGCCGUCUCAAUCGUCCCUUCUUGGUAGUGACUGUCAGCAAUCGUCAUCGGUUAUUUUAGGGACCGUUUUAGUCCACAUUCGUGACUGUGGUGGUGUGUUGCACACUGUACGCGCUCUAGUCGACUCCGCUUCGCAAAUAAGCGCGAUCACCGCAGAUUGCUCCGCUCAAUUGGGCUUGAAAGUUACCCGUUGGACCGCCCCUGUAUCUGGGUUAUCAGGUGCGUCGGUACCCAACGUUAAGGGAUUGGUAACUUGUGAUAUUCAACCUCGAUUUUCGAACGAACCAUUUAUAAAUUUUACCGCAUGGGUGUUCCCCACAAUUACCGUUAAUAUGCCUAGCCAGUCAAUAUCCAAUCAGGUAGCAGAUAAGUAUAAAAAUUUAGCCCUAGCAGAUCCCUCGUUCACAAUACCAAGUAAGGUUGAUUUACUACUCGGCGCAGACAUAUUUGCGCGUAUUCUGAACGGUAAACGUGUGUCAGUGGGUGACUCAUAUCCUGUAGCAUUCGGUUCAAUAUUUGGUUGGAUAAUAAUCGGGCCCGUCCCCUCUUCAAAUAGUUAUGUUUCCACUUCACAUCACAUCUCUUUGGUUUCUUCAAUCGAAUCCUUAAUGGAUAAGUUCUGGCAGGUUGAGGAACCAGAAACAGCUCCAGAGACUUUUACUUGUGACGGAAAAUGUGAAGAGAUGUUCCGUGAUAAAUGUUCACGUGACGACUCCGGGCGUUUUGUCGUACCCUUGUUGUUCCGCCAAACGGUCGCGGACAAUACCUUUUCUGGCUCGCGCGCUGUCGCGGUCAAACGUUUCGAGUCCCUUGAGCGAAAGCUCACAUCAGACAGCCGACUUCGCGAGGCGUAUUGUAAAUUUAUGGCUGAAUACUUGUCUUUAGGACACAUGUCCCCAGCUUCGUCUACAGGUUCAUAUUUUAUCCCUCACCAUGCUGUGUUCAAAUCUUCCGACCCACAAGAUAAAAUCCGUGUCGUAUUUGACGCGUCCGCCCAAUCGUUUUCUAGUACAUCAUUAAACCAAUGUUUAUUCGCGGGUCCAAAAUUACAACAGGACGUUAUUGAUGUACUAAUGCGGUUUCGUCUACCGCGUUACGCAUUCACCGCGGACAUUAAUAAAAUGUACCGACAGAUUUUAUUAGUUCCCGAACAUCGUUGUUAUCAACACAUCCUAUGGCGUGCGUCCCCGCAAGAUGAACUUAAAGCAUACGAACUAAAUACUGUAACGUAUGGGGUAAAUUGUGCCCCGUUUUUAGCUAUACGAGUGCUUCGAAAAAUUGCCGAGUCCGAUUGUGCGGACGUUCCCGCUGUCCGUGACGCUUUAAUGUUCAAUACUUAUGUAGAUGAUAUCUGCGUUGGGGGAGACACAAUAGACGAAGUAAUCGCACUCCAAACCGAUUUAAUUAACGUACUACAAAGGGCAGGAAUGAGCUUAAAAAAGUGGUCAAGCAAUACCGUCGCGGUGUUAGAUAGGGUACUCCCUGAAGAUAGGGCCGGCGGGAUGUUGUCUUUUGACGAUGACACUCGGAGCGGUUCCAAGGUACUAGGGCUUCAGUGGUCACAACGCGAUGACACAUUUUUAUAUAUUGUUCAACCUGAACGUUUAGUUUCAACUAAGCGGGGUAUGCUGUCGCUAAUUGCCCGCAUAUUCGACCCGCUUGGUCUAUUAGCGCCCGUGAUAUUUUUUGCAAAACAAUUAAUGCAACGAGUAUGGCAACUUGGUAUUUCAUGGGAUGAUCCGUUGCCCCCUGAAAUAGUCGACGUGUGGAAUAGGUUCGUUACAGAUCUCCCCGUGUUACAACAAGUAACUAUUCCCCGUUUCAUUGGUACUCAGCUUGGCGUACAAGGUGUUCUAUGUGGUUUCUGUGACGCGUCCGAGAAGGGCUAUUCUGCGGUCGUUUAUUUAAGGUUAUCUAACCAAUCCGGACCACCAUUAGUGUCAUUGUUAGGUGCUAAAACCAAAACAGCUCCCCUCAAGGCGUCGACAAUUCCACGGUUGGAACUAUGUGCGGCGGUCUUACUCGCUCGGUGGAUGGUUCGAAUUAAGACCGCGUUAAACAACAAAGUUAAAAUAGUUAACUUAUAUGCAUGGUCAGACUCGACUACUGUACUUAGUUGGCUGAAGGUACCACAUGAAAAAUUUAAGGUUUUUGUUUCAAACCGUAUACACAAAGUGAUAACGUUACUACCCGACUGUCACUGGGAUUAUAUAUCGUCGCUUAAUAACCCGGCAGAUUGCGCGUCGCGAGGCAUUUUCCCUACGGACUUAGUCCAUCAUAAAUUAUAUUGGUAUGGGCCCGAAAUUCUAUAUCGUGAUGUGCUCGAUGGGCCGGCGUUAAGUCAGGACAUCAAUCUCAACAAUUUACCGGAAUUAAAAACCGUGUCGCCAGCGACGUUAGUGACUAAGACAAGUGAUCCCCCCGAACCGGAAUGGUACUCACGUUUUUCCUCAUAUCCUCGUAUGAUACGUGUUGUAGCUUAUGUGUACCGUUUUAUUCAAAUUUGUAAGCGUCGUCAGAUAAUCUUAGCUCCAUUUUUAACUCGCGUCGAAUUGGACCACGCCGCCGUGGUCAUCGCUAAAUGCUCACAACGCGUUACGUUAGGUAAACUACUUCACGACCUGUUACACAACCGUCCGAUUAGCGUUGGACCUGUAGCUCGUCUCCGCCCGUUCAUAGAUCAACGCGGUCUCAUUUGUGUUGGCGGCCGCCUGUCAAAUGCAGAUGUGCCGGAGACACAAAAACACCCAAUCUUACUAGGCAAGACGUCGCAUUUAUCCAUUUUAUUGAUUCGUCAUUGGCACGAAGUUACCGGUCACGGUGGACCGAGAAUAUUAACAUCUCUUAUUAACCAGUCCUACUGGAUUCUAUCACUUAAUACGCUUAUUAGGUCUGUCCUUUGUAAAUGUGUCACUUGCGUCCGCCUAGCGUCAGUUAAUCCGCAACCCAUCAUGUCCGACUUACCUACGUCUCGGGUGUCCGAAUGUCAUCCGUUUUCGCGUGUCGGAAUUGACUUCGCCGGUCCUAUUGUAAUGACUGAACACCGUUUACGCAAGGCCCGUCAGUUCAAGGUAUAUAUUGCCGUAUUUGUAUGCUUCACGGUAAAGGCUGUACACCUUGAAUAUGUGUCUGAUUUGUCGACGGAUGCGUUCUUAGCAUCGUUACAACGAUUCGUCGCACGUCGCGGACUCCCUACGGACAUUUACACCGAUUGUGGUACAAACUUUGUCGGGGCAUCAAAUCAACUACGUACGCUUGUCAAUAAUUCCGGUUUUAAGGACCAUCUCAUUUCCCAUUUCCACUGCACUUGGCAUUUUAAUCCCCCCGGUGCACCCCAUUUCGGAGGGUUAUGGGAAGCGGCUGUGCGUUCGGCAAAACGUUUAAUGACACGCAUUAUGGGAGAACAUACUUUCUCCGUUGAGGAAUUGAGCACAAUGUUGUGCCGCAUAGAGGCUAUUUUAAACUCUCGCCCUUUGGUUCAACUUUCGUCCGACCCGACGGAAUACGAUUGUCUUACCCCAGGGCAUUUUUUAAUAGGCCGCCCGCUACUCUCGAUCCCUGAAGUGAAUAUAGUUGAUACGGCGCUCCCUUUAGCUCAACGCUGGAAAUUGAUAAAUCAAUGCGCACAGCCUUUCUGGCACCGCUGGCGCAAUGAAUAUUUAAAUACUCUCCAAAUGCGGAAUCGUUGGACGACCGAUGUGCCCAACAUUUCUAUCAACGAUAUGGUUAUUGUUAAAGAACCUAACGUUCCCCCGUUACGAUGGCGUAUGGCGCGAGUCCAAGAGGUGUUUCCCGGGGCGGACGGAGUACUCCGGAGGACCGUGUGUCCGACGACAACCUUGUUAAAAGGCUCGUUGGUACAAACAUUUGGUAGCAGAGCGUGGUUUGAUUGUUCCAUCAGACUUUGGUACUCAGGAUCCGGUGUCAGUGGCGUUGAACUGUCAUUAGGUCUGCGUUAG